AGCGCUUCUUCUGGGCAGCCGGGUUGGAUCGCUGGCGCUUUCCCCAAGGCAGGCGAGCGGGAUGCGGAGGGCGUAAGGCGGGACGCGGCUGCAAACUCGCGGGGCGGGUGUGGAAGUGCCGAGGCGAAGUUGCAGCCCCGCGGCGCUCUGCCUUGACAGAUCUCCGGAGAGGUAAUUACAAGUCUGGAAGACUCUUUCAAAGCAUCUGCAAUAGAUCCUUUUCUUCUUUUUUCAAUUGACAAAGAACUGUAAAGGAAGUCGGUCCGAGGAACCCUGGUGUGGCAAAAAUGAAUUCGAGUUGCAUCAUUCCAGUGUUUGCUUUGAUGAUUGGGUGUUUAGCAUCUGCAGGUCCUGUGCCUACAAAUGAGUGUGUUUUGUCACCUGUCAACAGCUCACAUCCAGUUCAAGCCUUGCUUGAGAGUUUUACAGUCUUAGCUGGCUGUGCAAGCAAAGGGACUGCUGGAUUGCCGCAGGAAGUUCACGUCCUCAAUCUUAGGAGCCCUGAAGAAGGCUUCGGCCACCAUGAAAGAGAGGUUGCUUUACAUUUGACUCCGAUUUCUUCCGUUCAUAUCCACCAGAAGCCAUUGGUGUUCUUAAUGAACUCUCCUGUGCCCAUGGUGUGGAAGGUGAAAACGGAACGGCUUGCCCAAGGGAUUCCAAGACUUUUCAUUGUUUCAGCAGGUUCCUUUGUGCUGUUUGAGAAGGAAAACUUCUCCUUGUCGGCCAAAAUAGAGGAAAAGCCCCUCCCACAAGGAAAUAAGUAUCUGUUACAGUGGGCCCAGAAGGAAUAUGGGGCAGUAACAUCUUUCACUGAACUCAAAAUAUCCAGAAACGUUUACAUCAAAGUGGGUGAAGAUCACUUUUUCCCUACAAGAUGCAAAAUAGAAAAGAACUUUAUUUCUCUGAACUACCUUGCGGGAUAUCUACAAACAAAGGCAGCAGAGGGUUGCAUUGUGUCCAGCAUUGGCAACGAAAGAGAAGUUCAUAUAAUUGAACUAAUCACACCAGACUCUCAUCGAUACACUGCUUUCCAGGUGGAUAUCAUCAUUGACAUUCGACCAUCUCGGCCAGACACCACACUUGUCAGGGAUCUUGUACUUAUCCUGAAGUGCGAAAUGCGUGUCAAUUGGGUCAUCAAGUCACAUGACGUGAAGGGGAAACUGGAAGCGAUUGCAGCAAACAGUGUUGGCUUUGGAAAAGAAACUGAACGUUCUAUGAUGAUGACUAAAACCAUAUUAUCUGAUAUCCCCUCCUCUCAUGAGAGUCUGAUCACAUGGGCUUAUUCCCGUGGCUAUCAUCCAGUUACCUCUUAUACAAAAGCACGCAUUGCUAAUCGAUUUCACCUACGGCUCGAGGACACUGAAGAAAUGAAUGAUGAGGAGGACCACUUCCUUCCACCAGAGCUGCAGGAACUGUUGCGUGGGGUCAGCCCACUGUCCCCUCCAAUCCCACCCUUGGGUGGUGGAGACGUCCAUUUUGACUUCCUCCCUGACGAUCACGAAGGAGCGCUGCCAUCAACUGAUACCAUGGACACGAUCAUGGCCAAUCAUGGCUUUGACAAGCUCCUUACAAAAGUUACGGAACCAGAAGAAGUGCAGGGGAGCGUUGAUGUUGCCCUGUCAGUAAAAUGUGAUGACACAUCAAUGACUGUCGCUGUAGCAAAAGACUCCCUGGAGGCUAGUGGCUACAUUGGGGCGCAACUCUCUCUGCUGGAUCCUAAAUGCCGAGCUAAAGCAAACAGGACCCAUUUUAUCUUGGAGUCAUCGCUGCAUGAUUGUGGGACUCAACAGAUAGUCUACCCCUUUGAUAACGUUGUAUAUCUGAAUUCUAUUGUUAUUCAACUGUCAUCACCAACUGAAGCCAGUGGCUGGGCGGUUGAUUAUGAAGACAUGGAAUCAGGGGAUAACGGAUUCCCUGGUGACACAGAUGAAACAGAAAUCACGUUUUCCAGUCGGCCUGAAAUUGUGGUGUUCAACUGUACAUUCCAUCAACCGAAAGCGCCGAAGCCUCCUAUGUACUGGCCACGUGAAACACACUUCGGCAAUGUGACCUUUGGCAUGGAACUUUACGAGACGGCCCUCUUCAAUACCCCAACUCAAGGGUUCUUCUCUGUUGAAGAGAACGGCCAGAUUUUUGUUGAGAUUUCUGUGACCAAGGCUGAGAGAUCCCUGGGCUUUGCAAUCCAGAUGUGCUUUAUUUCUCCACAUUCAUACCCUGAUAAAAUGUCAGAGUACACCAUUAUUGAAAACAUUUGUCCUAAAGACGAAUCUGUAAAAUUCUACUAUAUCCCAAAGGCUAACUUUCCCAUCCUCAGUGCACAAACGGACAAAAAGCGUUUUAGUUUCAUGUUUAAAUCCAUAUUCAACACCUCCCUUCUCUUUCUGCACUGUGAGGUGACCUUAUGCACGAAGAAAGAAAAAGAUACUCCAGGAUUGCCGAAGUGCGUCCUUCCUGAUGAAGCCUGCACCUUUCUCAAUGUUGACAUGAUCCUAGCGAUGAUGCAGAAUAAGCAAACCUUCACCAAGCCCCUUGCUGUGAUAACUUCUAAAGCGAAGCCAGAAGAUAAAUCUUCCUACGCCAAACCUCCUGAAGGCUUACCACCUGUCUUCUAUGGCCUGGACAGUGUGACGGUCGUGGGUAUUGCCUUUGCAGCCUUCGUGAUUGGUGCACUGCUGACGGGAGCAUUAUGGUUUAUCUAUUCCCACACAAGCGAACCGGCAGGAAGACAGCAGGUACCCACAUCCCCACCAGCCUCUGAAAACAGCAGUGCGGCCCACAGUAUUGGAAGCACACAGAGCACCCCAUGUUCCAGCAACAGCACUGCCUAACGCAGGGGGUAGGGUGCAAGUCCACGGAGCAACUUUAGGAGAGCAGAAGAGGUUCAGAAGGAGAUGUUUGUUGUUGUUUGCUUCGAUUGGUUUGGAUUCUUUGACAAAACGAGGAGAGAUUUCCUUCACUGUUGUGUCUCUCCAGGGUAAACACGGUCCUUGAACCUCUUGCGGCAUGCUUGGCUAACACACGACAAAGCUACUAUUUAUAUACAGCUGUGGAUUGUGUAAAGGGGUCCACAGGCUCUCAAUGUGAAACACAAGCCAGGUUCUUCCCCCACCAUAAAUGCUGCUUUGUCUGUACAGAAUCACAGCGUCGGGUUCCGCAAAUGUCAAGGAGACACAAGGUGUCCAUUAAGGGAUUUCAGUCUCAUAAGCUGGGGUAAAGAUUUUGUUUUCCAUCUCCCCACCCCCCACGUUCCGACCUCCCUUUGGUAAAGGGAUUCCAUCUCAUCCGAACAAGAAAGUUUCAAAUGCAGAGUGAUUUGCCAUUUUUUUAAAAAAAUAUCAUUGAUUUCUGCAGCUGCACAUUUCACGGUAGCUACUUGAUUAUUUGUAUGAUUGUUGAGCUUGACACGGUGCAGCAUUUUGCCUGCUGUCAUGUUGUCCUCCGCUGAAAAGAUUUGCAUUCCUCAAGUGUAGUCUUCGGUAGCAAGCAGAAACCAAAGCAUCAGAACUAUGGGUAAAAAAAAAAGUUUGGAUUAGAUAUUUCUAAUGACUCCCCUAUAUACUUAUUCAUACACCUGAAAGCUUGUUUGUAUACAUAAUGCAACUUUAAGUGUUGUCCCAUUUCUCCCCCAUUCUCACUGCCCUUACUGGGAACUACUAAUCUUCAUUCAUAACCAAACGGUUAGUCUCAUCUCUUUAUCCAGAAACCCUUUCCAGCCUGGUGUCUACCACCUGCUACCUGUAGUCCGGCAAUUUUCAUACAAGGCAUCAUAUGGUUGGUCCACCUCCAGGGCUUGCUUCAUGCAUGAUAGCGCCUGUGAGCACAAGCCGCUCCUGCACAUGCAACAGCUUUCCCGUUCACUACAAUACUAGGCACAGCUUCCUGUGUGUGCAGAACUAUCCCCAAAAUUACAGUGAAUGAGGAAACCAUGUGCACAUUGAAGCACCAAUGGAGCUGUAAUCUGAGGGUUAUUGCAUGUACUAUAAUACCAAAUAUACAUGCUUAGCACUUGUGUGUUCAGGAUGGGGUUAUGUUAUGGGCGAAUUUUAAGCCUUUGGCACACCUAAAUAUACCUCUGAAAAUGUGGAAACGGCUAAAAAUCAGGAAAAAGGUAGAAAAGAAAAUCGCAGCCGAGACAUUUUGAGCGCUGUCCAUUAUGGGACAGAUGGUUUUGUUUUGUGGGCUCAAAGUGACCUAGAAGGAUAUUCUUUCUAGACCUGCCUAUGGAGUACAAGCAUUUCUAAUUUUGGCUCAAGUACAUCCAGAUUUAUCCACUGUUUGAAAGUGACCCACAAUGUAUGCAUAGACAUCACUGUCUUUUUAAAUUAAGACUAGGCUGUUCAUUUUCUCAUUUUACCCCCACACCAUAAGAAUGCUCUACAAUGUCUACAUUAUCAACAACCAGCUUUUUUAUUAUUUGGGUCAGACCUCCAUUAUUUAUUGUUCCAACUUUUCCUCAAUUUUAUGGUGAUUGUAUGUUUUUAGUAUUCAGGGGAGACAACUAGUGAGCAAAUUGUUUUGCAUGACUCACCAUAUAUAGGAAUGAACUGACUCCUACAUUUUGCAUCCAAUGGCUAGUUAGCCAUCUCAAUUGGAUAUAUCCUAAAGUAGCAUUUGGAAUGCAAAAAGAGCAAACCGGUACCAGUAUUCACAAUAUUCUUUAGAACUCCUGCCUCCCCCUAGCUGUAAAAUACCUCCCUGAUAAAAACUGGAGGAUGUGAUUUGAAACUGUCAUAAUAUUAAGUUGCCACUUUCUGAACUGAAUCUUGGCCUUCUGGAUCCUUCCUCUUGAAAACAAAUUAAGUGCUGCUCUCCCUUUGCAGACUAUCAGAAGUGCUGUUCUAAUAGCCUUGUUGCU